CCAGGAACUUGGUGGCCUGCCUGUGUUUUCCUCUUUGCGAGGGAAGCCGGCUUUCGGGGCAUCGCCCAAUCGGAGAGGGCGGGGGCGGGCUCAGCCCGGGGAUCUCCUCUCCAUGCCUGCCCUUCCGUCCGGAGAUCCACUGGCUCUCCUCUCGGGAUGGACGCGGAGGUGGCCCCCGAGAGCAGCGAGGGCGAGGCGGCGCCUUUCAAGGUGUACAAACGGCGCUGGCUGCUCCUGGCCGUCACCUGCCUCCUCAACGCCUCCAAUGGCAUGGAAUGGUUGACGUUUGCUCCAGUGGCUGAUAAAACAGCUGAAUAUUUUCAAACUACAAUGAAUAUAGUCAACUGGCUUUCGCUUGUGUUCCUUGUGAUUUCGGUUCCCGUGGGGCUCCUGGCAAUAUGGAUUCUGGACACCGUUGGACUUAAAUGUGCUAUUUUACUCUGUGCCUGGCUGAACAUGAUUGGGAGCGUUAUUCGGAUUUUCAGCACUGUCAGCGUGCUGAGCCUCGGCUCCCUGAAUAUCAUAUACCUGCUGGUAGGACAAUGCCUUUGUGCGGUGGCCCAGCCUCUUAUCAUUUUUUCACCAACCAAACUUGCAGCAUUAUGGUUCCCAGAGCAUCAGAGAGCCACAGCCAAUAUGAUUGGCUCAAUGUCCAAUCCGCUGGGCUUGCUCAUUGCUAACCUGUUGUCACCUGUGAUCGUAAAAGAAGGAAAAGAUAUUCCUUUAAUGCUUGGAGUGUAUGCAGGCCCUGCUGUGUUUGCCUGUGUCUUGGCCACGUUGGGGGUUCACGACAAGGUCCCUCCAACACCCCCAUCUGUGAGUGCCACCCACCUUAAUGCACCAUCCUUCUGUGGCGGUUUGAAGAUGCUUAUGCGAAAUGGGCCUUACAUCAUCCUGACACUCUGCCUUGGGGGAGGAGUCGCAAUUUUUACAUGUUACUCUGCUCUGUUGGAACAAGUGCUGUGUGCCGUCGGAUACUCAGAUCUCUUUGCAGGUGUAACUGGUGCCUUGUUUACUGUGUCCGGACUAAUUGGAGCCUUCUUCCUUGGGCUGUAUGUGGACAGGACAAAGAAAUUUACAGAAGCCUGCAAGAUCUCUUUUUGUCUAAUUGCCCUGGUUGGCAUUGCAUUCGCCAUGGUGUCUCAGCUUAGAAACCAGACCUAUGUUUUGGCAACCAUCAGCUCACUUUUUGGCUUAUUUGGAUUUGCUAUUUAUCCUGUUGCCUUGGAGCUAGCUGUUGAAUGCUCCUACCCUGUAGGAGAAGGAACAACAUCUGGGCUGAUUUUUGUCACAAGCCAGCUCCUAGGAGUGCUCUUCAUGAUUUUGUUCCAAAGUUUGGCUGUGGAGAAGGAAAACGCCCCUCUUUCUACCUGUACUACGGACCAAGGUGGAGCACUGGACUGGUCAACUCCGAUGCUAGUGAUGGCUGGAUUGUGCACUUUUAUAGCCUGUUUUUUCACUGUGGCUUUUCACACCAAUUACAAGAGAAUCUAUGCAGAGACAUCUCAUGCCUGUUCAGUCAACAAGACCGAAGACGAUUUUGCAGUAGCAGGACAAAUAUGAAAUGUUUCCAGUUGAACUCUUAGACCAAUGGUUCACAACUUGUGGUCCGUGGACCACCAGUGGUCUGCAAGAACGAAAAUAUGGUCCACUGCCUAACCAUUACUACACCGUUGCCUUGAAACCACGUGGCAACAAGAGCGACUGGUCUGGUGAAACCUUCUUAUAGUGCUGAGGCAAUGGGGAUGUUGGGAGUGGAGAGGCUGACUACCCAUGAAAGAUUACUACUACCACAUCYGCUCUAGAUUUUUAAAUAUUGUUUUCUGUGGCUGAGCAGAUGGCGACUACUGGAUGGCAUAUGUUCUGUAUCAGAAACUAGAGCUGAUGUGGUCUAUCCAAUGCAAUUUUCUGAAUUAGCACCUCAAAUAACUAAACCGAAUCUAAAGUUGACCAAAAACUGAUUCGUAACCCUUYUGGUACUAAUGUUGGCGAGUGGUCCCUGGUCAAAAAAAGAUUGGGAACCAUUGUCAUAGACUAAUACAAAUGCCUUUGAAAGUUGCAGGAACUUCAAAGAACUCAAGUAUCCCAGCUACUCAAAACAGCACAGUAAAUCAUCUGUUGAUGGAAACUGACUGGAACAAGAGUGGGUGGUUGAAGCAACUCUUCUUGUGUGGGUCCCAAGGAUCCAGUAAAAGUUUUCUGAAUGUCACCUAAUGACUGUUUUAGACAUUUAUACAACUCUUUUGUGCCAUGUUUACAGUGGACACUCCAGGAGAUGCUUCAGCUAUACUUCAUAAAAAGGAAAACCAGCCUGUUUA